GCAGGGCACAGGUGGCCGUGGCAGCGAGUGACAGGCAGCCCGGGUGGCCGGGGACAGCGGCAUGGCCGCGAGGGUGGCGCUGCUCCUGUGGGCCCAGAGCCUCGGCCUCGCUGGUGCCCCGAGCCCGCAGCUCCUCGUGGAGCCCCCCUGGAGGCCGGCGGUGCUGUGGGACCGGGUGACACUGACCUGCCGGGGCUCGGGGACCGCCGGGGACACCACCUGGUACAAGGACGGGCGGCGAUGGCGACAGAAGGGACCCGAGAGCUUCACUGUCACCGAGAGUGGCACCUACCAGUGUGACAGAGCCGGCACCGGGCGCAGCCCCCCCGUGACCGUCUCAGACGGUGAGCGGGGUUUGGGUGUCCCCAGCCCGGCAGCCGCGGGGACCCCGAGAGCUCUGGGGGGGCAGCUGGAGCUCCUGGUGCUGCAGGUGCCGGCGGGGCCGCUGCUGGAGGGGGACACGGUGACACUGCGCUGCCGGAGCAGGUGGGACGACCCGGUCACCGGGGUGUGGUUCUACCACGAGGAGAAGGAUUUGGGUGAAUCCCGGUGGGAGUUCCUGUCCCGGACGUCCCUGUCCCCUCUGAGGCUGCAGCACAGCGGCCGCUACCGCUGCCAGACCCGGUGGAGUUCCUGGUCCUCAUGGUGGGUGCAGUCAGAGCCGGUGUCAGUGACAGUGCACGAGCUCUUCCCGGUGCCGGUGCUGGAGGCUCCGGCCGAGCUGAUCGCGGGGUCCCCCCUGAAGCUCAGCUGCCUCAGCAGCCGCAGCCCCCUGCGGCCCCUCACCCCCCUCGUGCACCGCUUCUACCGGGACGGGCGGGAGCUGGGGGGCCCGCAGGGGUCCCCGCAGCUGCUGCUGCCCGCCCUGGGGGUCUCCGGCUCGGGGAAUUACAGCUGCGAGGUGCAGAGCCAGGGGGGGGCCGUGCGGAAGAGCAGCGCCCCGCUCCGCGUCACGGUGCUCGUGCCCGUGGCCAAUGCCACCAUCAGCCCCGGUGCCCUGGGCCAGCAGGUGCGCGCAGGUGAGCCCGUGAGGCUGCGCUGCUCGGUGCAGGUGGGCUCAGCCCCUGUCACCUUCACCUGGCUGCGCCACGGCCGGGAGGUGGCCCGGGGUCCCCUGCUGGAGCUCGCCCACGUCGGGCUGGCACAUUCGGGCACCUACCAGUGCGUGGCCACCAACCAGCUGGGACAGGACGGGCACCGCGUGUUCCGGGCACUCAGCCCCGAGCUGCUCCUGGAGGUGACAGCGGGGGGACACGGCGACACAGUGGCUGCAGCGCUCGGGGGCUCCCUGUUGUUUCUGCUCCUGCUCACGACUGUCAUCGUGGCCUUUCUCCGCACGGGUGCCGGGAAGCAGCAGCCAAGGGCCCCCCCGGCCGAGGAUCCUCAGGCCACCUACUCGGAGCUGCUGGGGCCGCACGGGCAGCCCUGGGAGCUCAGCAACAUCUACGAGACUCUGCAGCAAAAACUGUGACUCUUCGU